CGAACCGACCAAGUCGGAAACGCAGUGACCCGGCGUCUCGGCGAGUGAAGUGUCCGUUGAUUGCGGAGUGAUCCUGACGUUACGGCCUGUGCCUUCUUGCGGAUCUGACGAGGAUACUACGCCGCGUACGGACGAUUUAGGUGGACACCACCUGGCAUCCAGAAAGCAAGUGAGAUAAAGACAGGUGGCACGAGAAGGUAAAAAGCAAACAUGGGAGCGAGACAGAGCAAGAGGUCCGUGGAUAUAACGACGACGCCGAAGAAGGAGGGAGUACCCGCUGAAGGAGGUGUCGUCGGCGAUGCGGCCGCACCUGGCGACGGCAAGCUGGAGAGGAUCGAGGAGGCCGACACGAAGCCUACCACCAACGGCAUAGCACCGCACACGGAGUCCGCCGAGGAUAAAGAAAAGGACAAAGAUGAGGCUACCGAAAAGGACAAGGAGCAACAACCGCAGCAAGAAGAAGUAAAAGCUGAGGAGACGAAGCAAGAAUCGUCUGGAGACUCUCCUGCGGAGGUUGCGGAGGUCACGACGCCCACAGAGGCCACCCCUGCCAGUCCGAACACUGCCACUUCUCCAGACAAUAAGGAAGCCAAAAAGAAGGAAAAGAAGAAAAAGUGGUCCUUCAGGUCGAUCAGCUUCAGCAAGAAGGAUAAGACUAAGCCGAGCCGCGAUGAAACGCCCAAGAAUGGAGACGUCACCAAGGAAGAGCCACUCGCAGAGGGUGGCGAAGACGCAGAGAAUGCAACGGCCGCCACGAGCAGUCCGGUGGAGGAGAAAUCAGCGGCGAGCAGUCCCUCAGCGGACGAGCAGGUAGUCGCACCGACAGCAGCAGCCACGGCCGAGCCGAAGGAAGAAGCUGCCGCAGCGUCGCCAACAGCAACCGCCGUAGCUGCUAGUCCGGUCGAGGAAAAGAAAAAGGAACCCACUCCCUCCGCCCUUACUCCCGUCCCGUCCGUCGAGGAUAAGAAAGAGGAGGCGGUCGAAAAAGUCGAGGCCGAGAAAAAAGUAGUCGAGGUCAGUCAGUCAGCCGGUGGUCACUCCGUAGCGGACCCGGUAGAGAUCCCCGUCUACCGAGUCCAACCAGUCGCGACGCCGUCUAUCAUUGAGAGGAAAGCCAGUGAGGACCUCCCAUCCCUGCCUCCAUCCAGUCCACCACCGACCCCCAUAGAUCCGUCGCCUUUGCAGCAGGCUCGGCAGGCCGCGGCGAACGCCACAGCCCUGGCCGAGGCGCUCAAGCUGCCUGCCGUGGCUGCCGAUAAGGAGGAAUCGACACCGCCGGCAUCACCGGCACCACCGCCCGACAUGUACCCGUCGUCUCGCGAGGAUAUUCUUCCCCAAGAGAACCGCGCAAAUGAAUCCAUCACUACCGCUGUCGCGUCCCCCACAUCACUUGAUUCUUCUACCGACAACUUGCCCUCGACGGAAGCGACCUUUGUUCUCGCGGAAGUAGAGUGUCUGCCGGUGGUAGAGGCCGAGAUCGAAGUUGAGACGUCUCAAGAUAUUGCGAAAAAAAUUGGGAAGACGUUAGGGAGUAGUUGGGAUAAUAAGGAAGAAGUGUUAGAAGUAGAUAGCGACAUUGCGAUGAAGGAGAAAGUAUUUAAGUGCCAGAAAAGUGAGGCAAAUUCGGCGAAAGAAACUCCAUCACUUGCGAUGGAAUGUGAUAAAAAUACACAGAGUAAAGGUGCAGAGAAAGUUUCUGAUAUUGUUGCGGUGGGCAAAAUUGUGAAUGAGGCUUCACCGAUCGUGGAGUGUCAAACAGAGAGCGAGAUAAAUAACUGUGAAGUUUCGAUGAAGAUAAAUGUACUGUCUAACGUCGAACAUAUAGUCGAGGCUGAAACAUUAUCGUCGACUGAGAUUGAAACAAAAGACGCCUAUCCGGCAGUAAAACAAUAUUUAUCGUCUGAAAAUGUAGAGAAUCUUUCAGAUGAAACGCAGCACAUAAAAUCAAUUGAGAAAUUAUCAGACUCGGAUCUUCCUUCAAUUGAAAAAUGUGUGUCUGUUGAUACAGAGAAAUUAUCAGAAGUUAGUUCUACACUCUUCGCAAAGUCGAUCGAAAGCUCGUCAAGGGAAUUAGAGCAGUCGUCAGUGGUAGAAGUUGUGGAACAAUCGAGCGAAAUACCGAUCGAAUACGAACACGAUUAUGCAAAGCUGAAAGAAAUCAAGGAAGAAGAAGGAGUCCCAUUGACAACUUCGCCGAUUGAGUUAUUUAUAAAUUCCGAGGAAGGUCCGCUGUCAGUUUCGGAGGAUAUUUUGGUAGAAGCCAGGCCUGCGUUGAUCAUUCCAGAAGAUGACAGUGUAGAAGAGCUUACCGACACCACUGAAUCCGUCAAGGUGAUUCCCGAAACUGACGAAGAGAAACUGGAGAUUGAGCUUGAAUCGGACACUGCGUUGCCUACAGAAGAAACCUUGAUUUCAGAAGAAUUGGAGGAUAUGUUUGUUCCGGAAAACGCGACAGUUGAGCCAUUAACUGAAUUUGUCACGUCUGAUAUGAAAAAUGAAAUGGAAGCAGUCAGUGAAAUUGAAGAUAUGCUGCCAUGUCCGCCUGAAGAUUUAACCGCAUUUAGCCCUCAAACAUUUGAGCUUCAAAAUACAAGUGCAAUUGAAACAGAACCAAUUGUUAGCAAAAAAGAAAAACCUACCGCGGUAUCUACUUCAGUCGUUGAGACAGAACCGUUUACGACAUCCUCUUUGCAACUUGAGCAAACCGAGGAGAUCAAAAGGUGUCUUCUUUCAUCAAAGGAUCGCAUAACAUCGCCAGAAUUCUGUCCCUUAGAUGAUAUAGAAUCAAUGCCGUCAGACGCUCCGACGUGUUCCCUUUCAGAAAAGCACUUGAGUGAACCUCAAACGCUAGCUCUCUCGCCCGAACCCGAAAGCGUACCUAUCUCUUUGGAAGAUCUACCACCGGCACCUGAAGACACGGGGACGCAGAGCUUAGAUUCCUUCGAUUAUCCUUUACCACCGGAAGAACUCUCUUGUCCAUUAUUAUUGAUCCCUCCCGCGAACAUGUCCGUAGCUGAAUUACCACCAGCUCCCGUCGAGCACGCAGCCAACCCAAGAGACCCGACAGAGACACUCCUCACGCCGCCCUUAAGUCCUAACUUCCAACAGUCCAGUGUCACAUCCGGCAUCGCGACCGAAACCGCCACGAAAGAUCGCUCACAAAUUCCCUCAUAUGACGAAGACGACAGCAGCAAUCGUGAACAAUCGAUGUUGCUGAGCGAACCGCUGACGAUGUCAUGUGAUCAAUCGAACAUUGAGUUGAAGGAGAGACUGGCGACCGAGUGCGUAGCGAAGACCGAAAGCCAGGAAGAGGCCUUGUCGUGUCAGUUGUCGAACUCCAUCCCGUCGACUGCCGCCAAGGAGCAUCACCAGAACGCUCCGGAAGUUGAGGCGCCAGUAGAAAACAACGUCACCCACGAUGCUAGCACGACAGAGAGUGCCGAUGAGGCUCCCAAAGUUGCACCACCGGCUGUCCCGACCGAAGCACCCGCCUCCCCGCCAACAGCACCGGCUAUCACUGAGGACGUCGCUUCGGUCACCAAGGCUAUCGAGGAGAUCGACAUAAGUGAUAAAGCAGUCGCGGCGGCAGUGAACGAAGCUAUCGAAUGCAACACGAAUGAAAUCAUCGCUGACGCGCACCACCAAAACAACAUAAACGAAUAAGCGCCACUAAUCGAAUUGUAUUUUGGAAAGAAGAAAGUUCUUUUCUCUCGUUAAAACCAAAAAA